AUGAGACAGUUCGAAUUUUCCAGCAUACCGUGGCCAUGUUACUUAGAAGAUUGCGUUUCGCCCUGUUGGAAACCUUCAAGCCCUUGCGUUCAGUUUUGGUCAAAAAUCGGCGCGGAAGCUAUUCCAACUACUCUCACCUUCGCUGAGUUUGAUGAUUAUACUAGUCAACUGUGCAAUAUUUUCAUAACGCACAUAUCACGCCUACCAAAUUAUUUAUUUGUACCCAUUGUUGCUAUAUUGUGGUCUCCACACGUAUUGACAACUGUUGCUGUACAUGCGGUUGCUAAAGCCCGCUUAUGCUUCUUCCCUGUCGAUGGUGACGAUCCUUCUAUUCUCAAAGAAAUAGAGCGUUACGUGGUCGCCAUCAUUGACUUGCGGAAGUCAAAACAUAUCACGGAGUUAUUUAAACAUUUUUCACCCUACAAAAAUUCAGAAACCAAUGUUUUUACCAACUAUGAUUGGCGCUUGUUUCUGCGUAACCCGUUUUCUCCAUCGUCUUGGAUAGAUAAUAUAGAAGAUCGACCGGUGGCUCUUUCCGACGUUCACCUUGAGGAAAAGUCCGGUUCUUUUACUCAUUUGGCUUAUGCUAUAACGUCGUCCGGAAGUUCAGGCGGUCCAGGAAAAAUAGCGUUCAUAUCUGAUGCGUGUUUCACCGCUAACAUUUCCGAUUUAUGCCUACGGUUUCCAACCGGUCAUGUCCAAAAGUCUGUACUUUUAACAGCACCGCUAACAUUUGAUCCAAGUUUAGUUCAGAUGUAUUUUGCUCUGACAACUGGACGUUGUUUGAUUAUUCCCGAUUCUGGUCUCCUUUGUCAUCCCCAUAGCAUGGCAUUUUUCUGUCGCGCUGCGCACGUAGACUGGUUGCAAUGUACACCCAGUCUUUUUAUGUUACAAAGUCAAACCGAUAGACACCAAAUACUCAGCACUCCUGGAAUCAACGUUUUAUUGGGAGGGGAACCCUUCCCCCUCGCACUUUACGAAAACUCAAAGGUUGUGAAUGCUAACCUGUAUAAUAUUUAUGGAGUAACAGAAGUCUCCUGUUGGGCUACACUCUACAAAAAUCUUCGAUGCAACUAUAAGUAUGAACUAGUUCUAUCCCGUGAGGCAUCAGGCUUUCAUGUGUUUCGACGAACAGGAGCUCACCUCAGCCUUGCGGCUUAUCGAAAUUGUGUUAGUAAGUUAUGUUCUCCUGCACCCUGGCCGACAGGAGAUUUGGUUUUGCCAGGAUCUUGUGGCGAAUGCUUAUGGUUUGUUGGCAGGAAGGAUCGCAGCAAAAAGCGCUUUGGACAUCAAAUAUGCUUGGAAACAUUGGAGGCUGCUAUUUGCAAAUAUCAGCAUCGCUGGGUCGAUAUCAAAUACUGUCGAUGCAAACUGUCUCCUUCGCGAAGUGGUCAACUUCUUGUGGCGUUCAUUUGGGUCAAUAGCCGUUCAAAUCGCACCGACUAUCAUCUGUCCAACUCCUUUCUGAGACACCUUCGUUAUCGGAUCGUUUUUUACCUAAGGGACUUUUUCAGCCCAAAUGCGGCACCUUGGAUACCGGCAGGAUUUGUGUUUCGUAAAGGCCUCCCAAUUUUAUCGGCCCAUGGAAAGAUUUGCCAUUUGGCUGGUGUCGUACCCAUUGAACAACGAGGAAAGCUAAUGAUGACUCUUCGUUUGUUAAUGAUGGAUUACGGAUUUUCUUUACACUCAAAAAGAACUUUUUUCGAACUCGGUGGAUCGUCUCUUCAAGCUAUUCACUUUAUGGAGACUCUUGUUCAACACUGUCACGAGAUUAAAAAAUCGAAAGCGAAACUUUUAGCCAAGCUGUUUUCACUAAGCAUCUCUGAGUUUGCAAGAGCUGUGAUAUCCUGCUCUUUCUCUGGCAACAGUUUUAAAAGAACAACUGCCCCGUUUCGACGCGUGUACCAUUUGCCGGAGUCACAAGCAUGCUUUCAUCGUGACUCGUUGGUUUUUAAUCCGUCCCGGCAUGCGCAGAUCUUCAUUAGCGGGACAGCGCAACUGCACAAUAAUUUAAACAAAAGUGGUUACUUCCGUCCGCUUUGGAGAAAGCCCUUCGAAAAAUGCAUAGACGCAUCAGCAAUAAUAAUUUCUGCACCCACUGUCAAAGAUCCCGUUGUGUGUAUUGGCAGUCAUUCGGGCUUAUUCUCUGUUGCAGAUUUGCGAACUGGAACAACUGUGUGGUCUGUUAAUAUCAAAGAACGUAUCGAAUGUUCAUCUACGUUUGGAUUUGACUCAUCAGAUCUACUUAUUGGAGUGGGUACCUUGUCUGGAAAUGUACACGGUUUUCAUUUGGACUCUGGUCGUCUUUUAUGGACUAUACACGUUGAGGGAGCAGUGAAAGGCACUCCACUGUUUCUGCCACAAAAAUCCCUAUUUGUUCUUGGUUCCCAUGGCCGUAAAGUCUAUGCAAUUGAUCCACGGACACCAUGCGGUUUGUCUUGGAUAAACAGUUUCGACAACUCUCCAAUCGUGGCACCUAUUUCAUCGAAUGACUCACCUGAGUUUGCUGAUCAAAUUUUUGUUGCAAGCCUGGGAGGAAUGGUUGGAUCAAUCGAUUUACGUAACCCCGAAAGGACACUUUGGUCGAUAAGAGGAAUGCCUCCUGUAUUUGCUAAACCUAUUGUUUAUAACGAGGCUCCUCAUAAUCCUUCCGUAGUGGUCUCUUUCGUGGAUUCCACUAUUCACUCUUAUUCUUCCAUAUCAGGAAAGCAGUUAUGGCGCACUCAGAGGCUUUGUGCCACGUCGAAUGUGUUCAAAGAUGCACUCACUCCUGUUCAGAAUAAUCUCCUCAUUCCUACUAACAACGGAAUGCUGUUUAAUGUUAAUGCAUCUAGCGGCGAAGUUAUUUGGAAACAAAUUUUAUCUGAGAAUUUAACCGCUGGUGAACCAACCUCAUUGAACACACCCUCGCUUCUGUACAGUGUAAAUAAUUCAUCAAAGGAGAGGUUUCUUGUAUUGUCUCGGGCGGAUGGAAACCUCUUUUUUUGUUCAUAUUCAAAAUCGUGUGUGGAUGACAGUGAACCUCUUUCUAUUCUUUCUUCCUUCAAACUUCCCGGACAUUGCUUUUCCAAUCCGGUUCUUUUUUCGCAUGGAUCUAGCGAAUGUUUUAUGGUGAUUGGUUGCCGCGAUGACAAUUUGCGUUGCUUUUCUAUAGCAAAUGACUAA